AUGCUCCCGCAACGACUUGUGCGAGCUUCGGCUCUGCGCAACACCCUAGCUGCCAGCCGAAGACUUCCUACGAUCCAACGACGAGGCUUUUUGCCAUCUCAAUUUUCCGACAAGAAAGUGAUUGACGAAAAGUACCCCGAUCCCGUGCGACCGAGCGAGGCCGAGGACCCUGGCAUGAAUGGAGGCUAUAUCAACCCGCCCAAGAUCAAGCGACAGUUCCGCGACCCCUAUGCUACCUGGUGGGACCCUCAGGAGCGACGAAACUUUGGUGAGCCGGUUCACGAGGAUAACGAUACGCUGGGUAUCUUCUCUCCAUGGGAGUAUACGUGGACGACUUCAGGCCCCGGUCUGAUCAUGGUUGGAACAUUCAUCGCCGUUUUCCUUUCAGUUUCAGGAGUUGUGUAUCUCAACUACCCUGACCGGAUUGCCUACCCAAGAGAGUUUGAGAAUGGCCUGGAGCGAGAGUUGGGCGGCACAGGAGCCGUAAGAGCACGAAUGGCUGGCGAUGCGGAGCCGUAA